AUGGCAUUUACUCGUGCUCAAGACCUCGCCAUGCUGGCCGCGAUUCUCCGACCUCCUCCCCAGUCUCUUCCAGUUACCUCUCGCAGCCUAUACAGUUUCAGGCACCCGAAACACUCAAAGAACUGCUCAUCAUCUCAGCGGCGCGAAUUCUCCGUGCUCAACCGCCCAUCACCAAACUAUCCCGGCCAUGUUCCGCUGACCUCUAUCGAACGUCUCGGCCUCGCUGUGGGCUCUGCCUUCACGUCACUCAUUGACCCUUUUCGUCACGACAUGAUCGCUGCGUGUGGUGAAGCGACCGCUCAACCAUUUUUCAUCAGUUAUCUGAAAACCCGCAUGCUUUCCGACCCCACCGGCCGGCGUAUCCUUCGCGAUCGGCCGCGGAUCACGUCUAAAACCAUGCCGCUUGAGAUGCUGCGGCAGCUUCCUGAGAACAGCGUGGGGCGUACGUAUGCCGCAUGGCUUGACCGUGAAGGCGUUACACCCGACACUCGCGAUCCAGUCCGCUACAUUGAUAAUGAGGAGGAAGCAUAUGUAAUGCAGCGGUACCGGGAGUCUCAUGAUUUCUAUCACGCGCUCACCGGACUGCCGGUCUUUGCGGAGGGGGAGAUUGGACUGAAGGCGUUUGAGUUCGCGAAUACGGGCCUGCCCAUGACAGGCUUAAGUUUGGCGGCGAUAGUGCGGCUGAAGCCAGGAGAGAGGAAGAGAAUGUUUGAGAUAUAUUUGCCUUGGGCAUUCAAGAAUGGCUGGCGCGCGAGAGAUGUUAUUAAUGUCUACUGGGAAGAGGAACUGAAGACGGAUGUCGGCGUACUGAGACAGAGGCUGGGUCUGGAACAGCCACCAGACUUGAGGGAAAUGAGAAAAAAGAUGAGGGAGGAGAGAAGGAGGGCCAAAGAGUUGAAGAAAGCACAGCGAAGUGCUUGA